UGUGUAUCUUAAACCGUGAUUACCAGUAAAUAUAUCCCAGAUUAUAUAAUCUGUGGUAAUUUUUGUAUGGACGACAUAGAAGUAUAGAAUUGUUAUUUGUUAGUAUAAUAGUAUCAUCGUUUAAUCGUUAAUUAUUCUUAAAGGUUUUAAGUGACCAUUUCAAGUUUUCCGGUGUUUGUACGUGUAUCAAUGUAAUUAUAACAUCUUGACGAAUAUAGACACUCUACUGUACCUUCAUUUACAGUACAGGCGGACUCCUACGAUGGACGACGAGAGAACGUAUGAAUUACCUAGCUUGUUGAAAACGGCAUACUACGCUUGUAACAAGUUCGAGCGUGACAAGUACGACCUACAGGAUGUACCGGAUGUCAAUAUGCGAUAUUGUUGCGAGUCGCUGUUCGAAAUAUUUAAAAUCGACAAAAACCGAAACACGGGCAACGAUAGGCGAACCAUGUUCAGCAGGUCGCUGAUCGCCAUCAACGACAAGAGGUUUAAAACCAUAUGCGAGGAGGCAGCGUUUCACGGCCACAUCAAUUGCCUGAAACUCGCUCAUGAAAUCGGCGUUCCUUGGGAUGAUAAGGUAUGCGACCGCGCUGCGAUAUCGGGGUAUUUAGAGUGUCUACAGUACGCCAGGGAAAACGGGUGCCCGUGGAACGCGAACACGUGCAGCAAUGCUGCGUUGAACGGUCACAUGGACUGCCUGAUUUACGCACGGGAAAAUGGGUGCCCGUGGAAUAAGGAAACAUGCAGAAACGCUGCGUUGAACGGUCACAUAAACUGCUUGAUAUACGCACGGGAAAACGGUUGCACUUGGAGCGUGGACACGUGCAGCAAUGCUGCAUUGAACGGUCACUUGGACUGCAUAGUAUACGCAAGAGAAAACGGGUGCUCUUGGGACGAGUGGACGUGCAGAAACUCCGCGUUGAAUGGUCAUAAGAACUGCCUUGUUUACGCCCGAGAAAACGGAUGCCCGUGGAACGUGGAAACGUGCAACAAUGCUGCGUUGAACGGUCACAUGGACUGCUUGGUGUACGCUCGGGAAAACGGGUGCCCUUGGAAUGAGCAGACGUGUAGCAACGCCGCAUUGAAUGGUCACAUAAACUGCCUAGUCUACGCCCGGGAAAACAGAUGCCCCAUGAACGAGGACACGUGUAGUCAAGCUGCGUUGAACGGUCACAUGGACUGCUUAGUAUACGCACGGGAAAACGGGUGUCCUUGGGACGUGUACACCUCAAGCAGCGCUGCGUUAAACGGUCACAUGGACUGCCUGGUUUACGCCCGGAAAAAUGGGUGCCCGUGGGCCGUGGAUACUUGCAGUAAUGCUGCGUUGAACGGUCGCAUAGACUUCCUAGUAUACGCGCGGGAAAAUGGGUGCCCCUGGGACGAGUUGACGUGCAGCAACGCCGCAUUGAAUGGUCACAAGGAAUGCCUAGUCUACGCACGGGAAUACGGGUGCCCUUGGAAUGAGCAGACGUGUAGCAACGCUGCGUUGAACGGUCACAUGGACUGCUUAGUAUACGCACGGGAAAACGGGUGUCCUUGGGACGUGUACACCUCAAGCAGCGCUGCGUUAAACGGUCACAUGGACUGCCUGGUUUACGCCCAGAAAAACGGGUGCCCUUGGAACGUGGACACUUGCAGCAACGCUGCGUUGAACGGUCGCAUAGACUUCCUAGUAUAUGCGCGGGAAAAUGGGUGCCCCUGGGACGAGUUGACGUGCAGCAACGCCGCAUUGAAUGGCCACAUAGACUGUCUAGUCUACGCACGGGAAAACGGGUGCCUUUGGAACCAGCGGACUUGCAGCAACGCCGCAUCGAAAGGUCACAUGGACUGCCUAGUCUACGCCCGGGUGAACGGGUGCCCGUGGACCCUGGAUACGUGCCGCAGCGCCACGUUCAACGGUCACAAGGACUGCCUGGUUUACGCCCGGGAAAACGGGUGCCCGUGGGACACUGACACGUGCCGUGCCGCCGCGUUGUACGGCCACAAGGAAUGCCUGGUUUACGCACGGGAAAACGGGUGUCCUUGGAACGAGCAGACAUGCAGCAACGCCGCGUUGAAAGGUCACAUGGACUGCCUGAUUUACGCACGGGAAAACGGGUGCCCAUGGGACGUGGACACUUGCAGCAACGCAGCCUUAAAAGGUCACAUGGACUGCCUGAUUUACGCUCGAGAAAACGGGUGCCCGUGGGACGUGGAAACUUGCAGCAACGCUGCUAUGAACGGCCAAAAGGACUGCCUGAUUUACGCACGGAAAAACGGGUGCCCUUGGGACGAGUGGACGUGGGGCCACGCCGAGUUGUUUGCUCACAUUGACUGCCUUGUUUACGCACAAGAAAACGGGUGCCCCAUGGCCUACCCAGAUUUUGACGACUAGAACUCAAGUAAUAUUUUUAUACAUGUGACCCAUUAAUUUUCUUUUUAUUGGAUGUAUUUAUGUUACGAGUUCUUGGCGUUGGCUAUAUAUCAAUACAUUGUACAGGUAUAUUGUUAAGUAGUUGUAUACAGCGACUUAUAUAGUGAAUUAUUAAUCAAAUGUCUGAUGCCUAAUUAUUAUAUUUAAUCUUGUAUUAAUAAAAAAAAAUUCAAAAACAA